AGAAUAAUUAAAGUUACGUUUAAAACGUAACAGGACUGUUUCCAAAUUUAGGUAACAUUCAAGUUACUGGAGCGUUAAUAUGGGUUCCAAGUACCCGCCUUACCCGCCCUACAAUGUCAGCGCCGCACCGCCCUCGGUGGCCGAGGCAAUCGUGGCUGGCCGCAGCAUUAGUGUGCAGCACAAAUCCGUGGUCCGUCCGCCGGCGCACCCGUUGCCGAAGCCUGCUAAACCAAAAGCACCGAAAGUGACCGAUGUGAAGAUAGCCCGGCGCGCCAUGAAGGCGCACGCCCGUUGUCUCCGCCGGCACGGUGCUGUGCUGACAGAUCGUCUCGAGAGACUGGCCAAGCCGCGCCGCCGCAACGUCAUCUAUCUGUGGCGAGAACAUGCGGACUUACUGCCGCCAGAGACAAUAGAGCGGUUUCGAGCCAUGCUCAACGCUGACGAGCCGUUCAAACCCGACCAGGCGUAUGAAUACUUUGUCAAUUGCCGCAAAGCUAAGAAGAAGAAUGCGGCUCACUGCAGCCUGUUAAAGAAGGACACGCACACUGUGGUAACUGACAAGCGCUUCUUGUGGGCGCGCAAUGCGACGGUGGCGUUCGCGCGCGGCAUCCAGCAGAGGUUGUCACGGCCCGGGCGGUACACGCUGGCUGACGGGAUGCUGCGCCUCUCCAAUGUGAUUUUGGGCGAAACAUGUGGGUACAUGAAAAUCUCGAGGACCCUAAAGCAUCUCGAUAAGAUUGCGGUUUGGAUUGAUGAGAUACUAUCAGAAUCUGAUGAUCGAAUGUUAAUGAUGGACUACGAUGAGGACGAAGCCGACCGGCUCUGCGGGGGCGUCGAGUCCACCACCUGCCGCGGCCCCAGGAGCCGCGAGUCCACCCCCGCCUGCCGAGGCCGCAGGGGCCGCAAGCCCACCCUCUGCACCCGCCGGGACUACAACCCCACCACCUACCGUGGACGCAGGGACCGGAAGUCCUCCUCCAGCACCUGCCCCAGGGGCUGCAAGUCCACCACCACCGCCAGCCGGCAGUGCGGAGCAAAAAUAAGAAUAGUAAAGGUCCUAAAAUACUCCCCUGCCGGACUCCGACACUAUUAA